AGUUGAGCAGCGGAAUUCAAAGUGUUUAUUACGGAAGCGGACUCGCGCAAAGCGACGGUGCAAUUCAUAGAAUAGUGAAAUAUACAAAUUAACGCGACUAUUAAACUGUCAAUACACAGUGUUAAAUAACAAAACUGAAACAAAUAAAGCAAAACAAGUUAACAAUACGCAUACAAUUUCAAUAAAAAAAAAACUAAAAAUGGAAAAAAUAUUUACAAUCGUAAGAGAAUGAAUUGAAAACAAAACGGGUAAUAAGUUAAUCAUUAAACAUUCUUUCUUUUGCUUUACCGUUCGUACAAACGUUUGUUAACUGCUUAAAUUUUGGUCAAAUCAGAUUGCAGUGAGAGUAAGAAAGCGUUGUAAAAAGGCACGAUUUCGUUAAAUGCAGCGAGUGAAAUAAAAAACUGUGUAUUACUACUACCUGCUUUCGAAAGGUUAAAAACACGCUUAUGUGUAUAACUUUAUACAUACGAAACACAUACAAACAGCUUCUUUUGUGCUAUAGAACGAGUUUAUAUGCGCGUUUGUCUGUUAUUGACCGCUGGCGAGUCACCAAUUGUUGAGCUUUUUCACGGUUAUUGACAGUCAUUUAUAUACUGUUUGCAUUGAUAAACGAAACGAACGAUUGCUUCAAGCUAUGGAAAACAGUAGCAAAUACGACAACAAAAGCAAAAUCGUUUAAGCAUAGUAGUCUUGUAAGACGUCCCUCGCUUUUGAUAUGCUUUAUAAAGUCUUCCUUAUAUUCCCACAUAAAAGUACUCAUAUAUAUAUAUAAAUGGAUAUGAGCAUAAAAUGAUGUGAUAAAAAUUGUAGUUUCUUUACUGCUCGUUUUUGUUGUUUACAAAAUUUGAUUGAAAACAAAUACAUAUCAACAAUAUAAGUAGUCGUUAAAAUGACUUGGUCGCGUACAGUGCAAGGCGAUUAAAACGCGAAACAUUCAUUUAAAUAAGAAAUUACUAAUUAUUUGAAGCAAAACAGUGAUUAAAUGAGCAUUUAAAAAUAUUUGUAAAUGCUUAUUUAUAAUUUUUUAGAAAUUAUGCGGUUUAGUGUCGAUAUAAUAAUAAAAAAUGUGUAAUAGAAAGUAAAAAGUGUGUGAGUACACACAAGUUUUAAAGAAAGCAUUAAUUAAAUAACUUCCUUAAAUGAAAUUUCAAAUUAAUUGCAGAUCUCUUCUCGCAAUUAUUUUAAGAUGUGAUUUCAUUGCGCAAACUCGUAUACAACUAUGUUAAGAUGUAUAGUGAAACAAUAAUAAUGUGUUAACAGAUCAAAGUGAAAAAAUUGACGCAGCAAAAAUAAAAUAAAGAAAACAUACUUGUUUACAAACAAGCUUUAGUUUUAAAUGAAUUGUAUAAAUAUUUCAACACAUUAAAAUCAAGAUGAGACUUCCACACACGUCGAUAAGACAUAUAAACCCACGGAGAAGCUGUAGUUUGAAUAAAAUGAGCAUAUUUGCAACAUUAUUACUUCUACACUUAACCACAUUGUGGCGAGUUCAAGCCGCACCACAAUUACUUCCAACAAACGACGAUGAGGAAUUCCGUCGUAAUUAUGCUGUCGAAUAUGGUGCACCAUUAAUCACACCACUUAUGGAAUAUGUAACACUUGAAUUAAAUACCAAUUAUACAAUACGUUGUGAGGCUGACGAACCGUUAUCAUGGAGACUCGCUUCUGAUUCUCUUAACUACGACGUGCAAACAUUUAACACUGGCGAUCCACAACGUCCCCAUGGCAGUAUGCUAUAUCUACUGGAUAUAUCUACUAUGAAUUUGGGUAAUUACUAUUGCAUAAAAAAAUCAAGUAUUCCAAAUAGCGUAGAGGAUAUGAUGGACGAGGAACUUGUAGAGUUGGUUAAUAAUAAUACAGCGUCCUCAAUUUACGUAUAUGUUAAUGACCCCAAUAAUCUUUUAUCACAAAAUGAAUUUCCGGUCAUUAGUGCGCUUCAGUACCAGGAUACGGUCAUACCAUGCAAACCAACUAUGCCCAAUAUAGAAGUGCUCCUAACCACGUCGCAUGGUGAAACAUUUUCCAGUGAAAGUACCGGCCGCUAUGAUCCCCAACGCGGUUUCGUCGUCGAAAUACGCGGCGUUACCGAUGGCGGCAGCUAUGUGUGCCGACCGAAAGUGCCGUCUCCAUAUAAUGAAGAGGAGGAACAAGCCUUUGAGAUCCAUUUUGUUGGUAACGAACCUGUUAAUCCAUCGGAUAAUGCAUCGGUGGAGGCUAUAGUAGCUAUAAUGAGAACCACAACUACAAUCGAACCAAAGCACAACAUAUUCUUAAAAACUAAACGCAUUUUUAAACACAGACCAAGCCGAAGCACGAAAUCAGAAACAAGUACAGUAACUAACAAAAUUAUGUUUGUCACUAACCGCAUUUUUGAUGUAGCUAAACGAAACCAAUCGCCUGUUUUGCAUACAAUAUUGAAUAAAUCUGUUGUUGUAUCAGCUAUGGAAAUGGGUGUGGAUGUCGAUCAUAAUGUUGACACAACUAAUCUUGGUGCUGGCAAUGUUGUUAAUGCAAAUAAGCGUAUCUUUGCCGCUGAAACUCAUAAUAGCAAUAUCAUAGCAAAUGUUGUGGGUAUUACUAUUGGUGACGGUUACAAUACGACUCACGCGACUACCCUUUCUGGCUAUAAUAUCGCAAAAGUAGUUAACAAUUAUACAGACGACCAGCUCAUUGACAUUGUUAAAAGUGACAGAAAUGUGGUUGAAGAAAAUAAUAUUUAUGAAAUCGAAGCACAUCCACCAACACGUUUGCGCGGCACAAAGAGGCCGCUUUUAAAACGCGCUGGGCCAACAACUAGAUGGCAUAGUUCACGAUUCCGUGGUGCGCUACGAUCGAGUACGAAAUAUAUUGAGAAACCGAUUAUAACCUCAAAUUCCCGUGGACAUGUGAACGUUGGUGAAAACUUCACGCUAAAUUGUUAUGUGAAAACCGCCUUUGAUGUUUCCUACACAACAGACUGGAAAACACCAACCGGAAUCGAUAAGGAUCGCAUGAUUAAAACUACGGCAACAUUUAUCAAUAAAACAUUAACGCAUCAAGUCGGUGGGGCGAAAUUGACAAUACUAAAUGCUAAGAAAUCGGAUUCUGGUCUCUAUGAAUGCAUUUGCACGGACCAUUCGAAUAAUGUUGGACGCAAUAAUUAUCAAAUGACAGUUUUAAAUCGCGGUGAGGGCUAUAUAAACAUUAGUGAGCCUUCCGGUUAUUACAAAAUCGCUAGUAAUGCCAAUAAAAAGGUGCAGAUCAAUGUUAAAUAUCGCGGUUAUCCGUUUCCAACGCUUACUUGGCACAAACCAGACAAUACGCAAAUUCAUCCAUCGAAAAAAUAUAUGAUCAACACCACCGACACUUCGAUUACACUGCAAAUAUUGAAUGCACAACUCGAGGACUGUGGUGAAUAUGUGAUACGCGCCAAUAAUGAAUUACUGGUGAAAGAGUUGAGAUUCAAUGUGAGCAUUAGCGACAAACCCAAAGUGACAGUGGACGAUGUGUACGUGCAGGCUGGCGAAGAGGCACAUCUGCAGUGCAAAGUGUUAUCCUAUCCCUUCGCCGUAGUCUCAUGGGUAUUUACACCGUGUAGCAUAUCGCCGCGUUGGCCUUCGUGCAACAAGCGAAUGGAUCAAAAUUUUAAUUCUACACGAAAUGCCCAACCAGGCGCAAUGGCCGUUGAAUAUAUACAUGACCUCUAUUUUACGCCAGAAAGGCCGGGUAUUAUGCAUUGUUUAGCAGCAAAUUCGAAAGGUUUGGGUGAAGGUAAAGGUCACGUGCUUAUUGGUGAUAUAAAUGACAAUAUGACUAUAUACGGUACGGAUGAGAAUAAGAAAAUUGCACGCGGUGAUGAAGUGACACUCACAUGCGCUGCUCUCUCUUACUACUUUUCUGACGAUCUGAAUUGGUAUAAAGAUGGCGAAUUGGUGGGAGAGGACAGCAGUAAUUUUGUCAUCAGCAACUCGUCAACCAGUUACUCGUAUCAAAACACAUUGAUAAUCAAAAAUAUACAAGAACGCGAUCAGGGCAGCUAUGAGUGUCGUGCACGUAAUGCAAACAAUCCCGAUAUGCAAGAAACCAAAUAUAGAAGCAUUUUUGUUUAUGAACCUUUGGCGCCACGUAUGCUGUAUAGCAAUCUUGACGACAGUGCUAAACUGGAGCGCAAGCUUGGCGAUGCUCUACAAUUGGAAUGCAGACCGGAAGCAAUACCAGCAGCGGAAGUGCAUUGGUAUAAAGACGAUGUAGAAUUGAACAACAGCAGUUAUGUGGACAUUCUAGACGAUGGCAGCAAACUAAUCAUACAAUAUAUCAAACCUGAACAUGAAGGUGUAUACAAAUGUGUGGCUUUAAAUCGUUUGGGUUCUAUCGAAUCGAGUUCGGCGGUUAAAAUUACAAAUUUACCGCGCAUGCGCGUCGGUUGGAUAUUCGCCAUACUGUUCUUCUUCAUUUUCCUCAUUGCCUUGGUGAUUUAUCUAUGUGUGCGUGUUAUGCGCGAAAGAAAGCGACUGCGCGAUUACAAAGCGGCCGGUUUGGCAAAUUUCGAAGACGGCGCUUUGGAGCAUAUAAAUCCAGCGUUGACAUUAGACGAACAGGCCGAUUUAUUGCCUUAUGAUCGUGCUUUUGAAUUUCCUCGUGAAAAACUUAAAUUGGGCAAGCAAUUGGGUGCCGGCGCUUUUGGCGUGGUAUUAAAAGCCCAUGCGGAAGGCAUACGACCAGAUGAAAAGGAAACCGUAGUGGCUGUGAAAAUGGUCAAACGCAUUGCUGAUAAUGAGGUGAUGCGUGCGCUUGUGACAGAGUUGAAGAUUUUGGUGCAUCUCGGCCCAAAUUUGAAUGUUGUCAAUCUCUUGGGUGCAGUCACAAAAAAUAUUGCGAAACGUGAAUUAAUGGUUAUUGUGGAGUACUGUCGUUAUGGUAAUGUACAAAACUUUUUACUGCGCAAUCGUAAACGUUUCAUAAAUCAAAUUAACCCUGAAACCGAUAAAAUUGAUCCAACCAUUACUAAACAGAGGUUUUCGGAUAAUUUUGAAUUGAACCGUGAUGGAGUAAAAUAUGUUAAUCUGGCAUUUGCAAAUCACCAAUAUGUUAAUCAUAUGAAUAAUAUGAACAAUAAUUAUACGGCAAAUAAUCGUAGAAACUCCGAUGAGGACCCACGCUCCGGCACACGUGCUGGUCGUCCCAAUUCUACUGGAUAUUUGCGCCAAUCGGAUUUGUACGAAGGACAUGUGGAUAGCUGUGCAACGGAGCAAACUGUAAUGACCACAAUACCUGAGGAUGAUGAUAAUGUGCUAUCCAAUAAUUCAGUGCAACCUGCUUGGCGCUCAAACUACAAACCAGAUAGUACAGAAGCCAUGACAAUUACCACAAUACAGCUGGUAAGUUGGGCAUUCCAAGUGGCACGCGCCAUGGAUUAUCUGUCAUCGCGUAAAGUAUUGCACGGUGAUUUGGCUGCUCGUAAUAUCCUGCUUUGUGAGAAUAAUGUGGUGAAAAUUUGCGAUUUUGGCUUAGCACGUUCCAUGUAUAAAAGUGAGAAUUACAAGAAACAGGGCGAAGCACCGUUGCCAAUUAAAUGGUUGGCCCUGGAAUCCCUCAGCGAUCAUAUAUUUAGCACUUACACUGAUGUCUGGUCAUUUGGCAUUGUUUUGUGGGAGUUUUUCUCAUUGGCCAAAGUACCCUAUCCCGGUAUGGAUCCGAAUCAGAGUUUAUAUUUGAAAAUAAAAGAUGGUUAUCGCAUGGAGAAACCGCCAUAUGCCAAUAAUGAAUUGUAUGACAUUAUGCUGGAGUGUUGGAGUACAAAUCCGGAGAGCCGUCCAUUAUUCAAUGUGUUGGAAAAGUAUUUCGCACGUAUGCUGGGCGAAGAUGUGACAAAUCACUAUGUUGAUUUGAAUGACACUUAUUUACGCGCGAACAUGGACAAUGCCAAUGUUAAGCCAACUGAUUAUCUGUCGUUAAUGGGCUCACCAGACGAAAUGGCACCGGCGCCACCACGCUAUGUCAACGGCCAUAUAUUGCCUGAAAUACGUAUACAGCCAUCUACUUCCGACGACUACUUAAAUAUGAGCAUGGAAACUGGUACAACCAUUUUCUCACCGACACGUCCCAAAGAUUAUCAAAAUUCAAAUGAUGAUACAAAUACAACAACAACUUCUUUCAACUUCCCAGAUAAUACAGCACCAACAGCGCCACCAACAUCACAACAUUCCCCAACAUUAGUGAAUAAUCUCGAUAGUCCAAUCAAUAAGAAUCGCAAGAAAGAGGGCAUACAACCGGAGGAGAUACCAAUGCUGACGGGUACACAUCACAAUUCCGAUGAUGGCGGCGAGAGUCCAGAGCAAGGCAGAAAGUACGCCAAAAACAUAUUACAACAACAUGUGCGCGCAACGCCCACACCUUCGCCACGUCAUCACAUCGCCGAGACCGAGCUCAGCGGCAGCGAUAACUAUGUGAAUGUGAAAUCACCGAAAAAGUUGAAUAACAAUGGUGCGAGAGCAGCGGAUGCAUUUUCAAAUCCUAGCUAUCAAAUAUUAAAGACUGUUUCUAAGGAAGUGGAUAAUAAAUGAAGGAUGUUCAACAGAAAAUCCAACACAAUCCGGGGCGUACAGUUUAAUUUUAGGCGCUUUUUUGCUAUUGCAAAUAUGUGCGAGAAUGGAAAAAUGAUCGAACAAAUAUUGUCUUGAUUAGAUGAAUUCGACUUUCGUAGUAGCUACAACCUACAAACUAUACUAUACUACUAUAUUUUUGCUUAAACUUACAAUUAAAGUCGAUUUUAUACUGAUUAUGCUAUAAGUGUUCAUUUUCAUAGUCAAAAUGAGUUAUAGUCAUAAGUAUUGCAUGCGAUUUUGCUUAUUCACAAUAACUUGGCACUUAUGGCAUUUUAACAGCUUUAGCUUUCCAAAUAUCAUUGAUCUUAUCGAUGAAAGCGCGCCAGCUUUAAAAAACGGUAAAAUAUUACAUACAUAAUGCAUUUAUUUACUAUAAAUGGAAACAUAAAGGGUUUGAGCUCAUAUUUUUCCCAUUAUUUCCUGUCAAAAUUAAAUAUUUAGGCUAAAAUUACAUAUGAACUUAAAUUUAAAAUUUUUGUUAUCCCAAAAAAAAAGUAUUCAAAAUUGUUAAAAAUCAUUGAUUAUACUACUAUAUCCUUAUAAAGAAAAAUAAUGAGAUGGCUUAUACACCGACUUGAAUACUUACAAACAUAUUAAUGUAUUGCGAUAAAAAUGUAUAUUUUAAUUAACUAUCUUUAUGUAAACAUAGAUAAUUGUUGUAUAAUUAAAAUAUAAGAAAGAUACUUUCGUUAUUAAUAUCUAUACGCUGAUAGAAUAGAUUUAGAUUACACAUUUACAACUACUUUAACUGUACAUAGACUACUUUUAAAUAAACUGUGCGUUUCAUACUCAUAAGAAAAGUGAGCGGACAACUUUUCAAUGUGCUAUAUAUAAAUUUAGUUUUAUUGUAAUAAGAUUUACUUUUGUGAACUUGAAUGCCUUAAACAUUUUACACAGGAAUAAAAUAUAUGAUAAAUAAAAGUUUCUAUAUGCAUGUUUUAAAGUGUAUCGUGUA